AUGACGACUCAAAGCACUAACUCUCCACACAAGGCCGUUGAAUAUAACAAGCCCUACCAGAUCAACAAAGUCCAAGUCCCAGACACUGCAAGCCUCGGCCCAUAUGAUCUCCUCGUCAAGGUUGGGGUUGCCUCGUACUGCCAUACCGACAGCAUGAUCCAAUCCGGGAUCUUCGGUACUGCCCUCCCAGUGACCGCUUCACACGAAGGCGCGGGCACCGUGGUGGCCGCUGGCUCUUCAGCGGGCCUGAAGUCCGGCGACCGCGUCAUGUGUGGCCUGCCCUUCCAUCCAUGCGGCAAAUGCCCCGACUGCACUGGCCCGAACGAGGGCUGGAGGCAGUACUGCAGCAAUGUGGAGGGACACUGCGGUGUCCAUCGUGAUGGAUUCUUUGCCGAGUACGCUGUAUGCGACGCGCGAACUAGCACCAAAUUGCCGGAUGAGAUCUCUCUGUUGAGUGCUGCUCCACUGGCCUGCGCCGGACGGACGGUAUGGAGAGGGGUUGAACAAGCAGGUCUCAAGGAGGGACAGUGGCUGGCGAUUGUGGGCAGUGGAGGAGGACUGGGUCAUUUGGGAUUGCAAUUUGCCAAGAAAAAAGGAUUGAAAGUGAUAGGCAUUGACGCCAGAGACGAUGGGCUGCAAGUCUCCAAGGCUCUCGGCGCAGACAUCGUCAUAGACGCAAGAAAAGGGCAUGAGGCAGUAGUAAAGGAGGUCCAGGAAGCUACGCAAGAUGCAAACCCAGGCAACCCAGGUGUAGACGCCACUGUCACUCUGUCCGAUGCGCCGACUGCAGCAGCGCUAGGUUGUGCAAUCACCAAAAAGCACGCAAAAAUGGUCCAGAUCGCUCAGCCAAAGGAUGUUGUCAUACCUUUCCAAGAAUUUGUCUUCCGGGAUGUCAGGGUCAUUGGAAGCGUCGUAAGCUCGCCGGAGGAGAGCAACGAUAUGGUUCGCUUCAUUGCAGAUAAUGGCAUCGAAGUCAAGACCAAAGCUUUUCACGGCAUGGACGAAAUUGAGGACUUACUCAAAUUGGUCCACAGCGGCAAGAUACAGGGGAAAGCACACAUCUGCGGCCUAAGAUAUGUCAUGAACUCAACUGACGGGCUCCCGUUGCCUGGUAAGCCUCAUCAUCUCACCCAGGCAUCCAGUCUGACUCAGUCAGCAGGACCAAUGGACAUUUGGCCAACGGAUUUCGUGCCACAAUGGGUCAUCAUCUGA